AUGUUUCUGUCUCAAACUGCUCUGUGGUUCACUCACAGCACUCCUCAGUUUCCGUUCAGGAGGGACCAGAACUGGUUUUGGCCCGACAGCGGAAAAGACCAGGGCCAGACCUUCCUGUGUGUGUCUCUGCCCUUCGCUGAGCUCAAGUCUGUGGGGGAACAUCUGCAGAAAAUCCACGCGUAUCCGUACGACCACGACCUUCCCGACACUUUUCCAAACGAGCUGCGGAACGCUGCCAGAUGGGUCCCGUCUGAGACCCAGCUGGGGGUGUUACGAUCCCUGCAGACCAGAUCAGACAAGCAGCUGAGAACCAUGGCCAAACCUCUGGGAUACGAAGCCAGCGACGGGGACCUGUACGUGAAACUGGCCGCUGCUUUGGGCAGUGACCUGGACGCUCAGACGUGGGGCUGUCAGCCACAGAGAGACGAGAGCUUCUGUGACCUCGACGAAAAAUGGGUGAUGAACGUGGAGCAGAUCAGCACGGGGCGCAUCACCCUGGGGUCGUGGCCCACCAGGAAGGACCACUCCAAAUGGGCCGUGACCACAGCUCCCGCCGUCACCUGGACCUGUUUCGGAGACGUGAACCGCUCCCCGACGCAGUACGAGCGCUGGGGAGGAGCUCUGUGCAUCAACGACGCACGAGUCAACGGUUUAUUCAAAGGGUUUGCAACCGGGAAACUUCCGUGUCGCAAACGUCCAGCUCCUUGUACCAGCUCUGAUACGUUUGGUAAAUGAGCAGAAACAGGUGCAGGGCUGUAGGUUUGAAUCAAGUUAAUUACACCAUGUUACACAGAAAAAAGAUCAAUAAUAAAAUAUAAAUUACA